AUGUCGCAGCUAAGUAAGAAUCUGGGUGACUCGAGUCCUCCAGCGGAGGCCCCGAAGCCGCCUGUCUAUAGCCGCCCUACGGUUCUGAUGCGGGCCCCGCCCGCUUCCUCCCGGGCUCCUCCAGUCCCCUGGGAUCCACCUCCAAUUGACUUGCAGGCUUCAUUGGCCGCUUGGCAGGCACCCCAGCCUGCCUGGGAGGCCCCGCAGGGCCAGCUGCCCGCCCCAGUGGCUCCGAUCGCCCAGCCUCCAGCCCUAGGGGGCCCGAUAGUCCAGGCUCCCCCUCUGGGGGGCCCGAUGGGCAAGCCUCCGACUCCUGGAGUGCUAGUGGUCCAUCCCCCGCCUCCGGGAGCCGCGAUAGCCCAGCCUCCGACUCCGGGAGUCCUGAUGUUGCAUCCUUCAGCUGCCGGAGCCCCUCUGGCCCACCCUCCCCCUCCGGGUACCCCAAUGGCCCAUCCUCCCCCUCCGGGCACCCCAAUGGCUCACCCUCCCCCUCCGGGGACCCCAAUGGCCCACCCUCCCCCUCCUGGGACCCCGAUGGUGCAUCCACCCCCUCCGGGGACACCGAUGGCGCAUCCUCCCCCUCCGGGGACACCGAUGGCCCAGCCUCCAGCUCCGGGAGUCCUGGUGGCCCAGCCUCUAACUCCAGGAGUCCUGAUGGUCCAGCCACCUGCCCCGGGACCCACGAUGGCCCAGCCUCUGCCUCCAGCCGCCGUGAUGGCCCAGCCUCCACCUUCAGCAGCCCCGAUGGCCAAGCCUCCAGGUCCAGGUGUCCUGAUGAUUCCUCCUCCAGGUCCGAGAGCACCACUCACCCCACCUGCAGCUCCAGGAACACCGGUCUUGCAGCCAGCUGCCCCACCUGCGCAGCCUAUGGCUUCUUGGUCCCCGCAGGGUCAACCUCUGAUCCUGCAAAUCCAGUCUCAGGUCAUAAGGGCUCCUCCGCAGGUUCCCCAGGGCCCACAGGCACCCCCUGCGCAGCUGGCAACACCCCCAGGCUGGCAGGCCACCUCUCCAGGGUGGCAGGCCACGCCACAAGGCUGGCAGCCACCACCUCUGACCUGGCAGGGCACGCAGGUCACUUGGCAGGCACCGGCAAUUGCCUGGCAGGCUCCACCGCCGGUGCGCCAGGGCCCCCCACCCAUCUGCCCUGGCCCACCACCUAUCCGGCCUGGCCCACCACCUAUGCGCCAGGCCCCGCCAUUGAUCCGCCAGGCUCCACCUAUCAUCCGCCAGGCCCCGCCGCUGAUCCGCCAGGCACCACCACUGAUCCGUCAUGCACCACCGCCUAUCCGACCUGGCCCACAGGUCAUGGCCACCCAGCCACCUCUCUGGCAUACCCUACCACCCCCACCUCCUUUGCGGCAGGCCCCGCAGGCUCGGCUGCUGGCCCCUCAGGUGCACGCGGCGCCGCAGGUGCCUACGUGCCCUCCUGCUACGCAGGUACCCGCGGCGCCGCUCCCAGGCCCGCAGGUGCCCCAGCCAGUACUGCCGGCCCCGCUGUCUGUCCCAGUGUCUGCCCCUCAGGGUGUGCCCUGCCCCUCCAUCAUUUGGCAGGCCCCCAAAGGCCAACCCCCAAUCCCACAUGAGCUGCCAACGUCAAUGGAGUUCCAGGAGGUGCAGCCGACCCAGGCAGUGGCCUGGCAGGCCCCAAAGGCCCCUGCUCACUUCUGGCAGCCUAUUCCUGCCCAGGAGGUCCAGAGGCAGGCGCCCACGGUUGUUCAGCUGGAGCAGCCCUUUCAGGGAGCCCCACCCUCCCAGAAAGUCCUGCAAGUCCAGCUACCCGCCCAGCAGGCCCAGCCCUCGGGUCCGGAAGCAGAGCUUCCCGUACUGCAGCACCAACCCUCCUGGGAAGGCCCGCCAGCAGUCUUACAGGCCCAAGCUGGAGCCCCCGUAGCCUCGACAAAUUUUCCCCGGGGCUCCAGUAAAUCACUGAUGACUCCGUCAGGAGAAUCCAGGGCCUCCUCUGUAGAACACAGGGGGUCUUCCUCUAAAGAACGUAAGACCUCUUCCAAGGACCGCAGGGGCCCUCCAAAGGACCGGGUGAUCUUGGCUGCCACCUUCUGUGCUCCCAGGGCAAUGCCAGCUACUCGAGCACACCUGCCAAACACCUGGAGGAAUGUGCCUGGAACCUCUGAGACCUUCACUGCCACCUCAAGGGCCUUCCCAGCUACCUCUCCCUUUCAGCCUGCCUCUUCUUAUGCCUUUCCAGGCCCAUCUCUCACCCCAGAGGCCCCAAGGUCACUGCCAUUUCCCCUGCAGGAUCCCUUUGCCUGUGCAGAGGGUCUGCCUGCAGGCGCAUGGGCUCCACAGCCCCAUGUGAAUGCCUCACAGGCAUCCAAGGCAGUGCCCACCAUCCUGAUGGCUACAGCAGCUGCCCCUGAGGCAACUGCCACCUCUCCAGAGGCCUCAAAGACUGUUGAGCCGCCACGUCGCUCAGGCAAAGCCACCCGGAAGAAGAAGCAUCUGGAAGCUGCAGAGGACAGCCGUGGCCAUACAUUGGCCUUUCGUGACUGGCAGGGUCACAGGCCCUGGGAGAAUGUGAAUCUGAGUGCCUGGGAGGUCCAGAGCCCCAUCCGUGCCUUGGGUGAAUGGGAGCACCCAGGCAUUUCCCACGGCCUGAAUGGCUGGGAGGGCCCCAGUACCUCCAGGGUCCUGAGUGGCUGGGAGGGGCCCAGCACAUCUUGGGCUCUGAGUGCCUGGGAGGGGCCCAGCACCUCCAGGGCCCUGGUUGCCUCUGAAGGCCCAGGUAGCCCUCAUUCCUUGAUCAUGUCUGAGGUCCCCUGUCUCUCUCAAGGUUCCAGCCAGGAUAACCCCAAGGUGGAGACACAGCAUUUGUCUCCCCUGGAUGAGAGAGCAGAUGCACUGGUGCAGUUCCUCUUGGUCAAGGACCAAGCUAAGGUGCCAAUCCAGCGCUCAGAGAUGGUGAAAGUCAUCAUCCGAGAAUACAAAGAUGAGUGCUUGGACAUUAUCAACCGUGCCAACAAUAAGCUCGAGUGUGCCUUCGGGUGUCAGCUGAAGGAAAUUGAUACCAUAAACCACUCCUAUGUUAUCGUCAACAAGCUGGGGCACCCUAAAGGUUAGGGGUGGAUGUCCGGGAGGUGAAUGGUCUCUUUGGA